GCCGCAUUCCUUGGAGGGAUCGACCAAAGACUUUUAGACUUUAUUUUUUCAAUCCUUCAUGAGGGUACUCGCUUAGGAAGUCAAGACGUCGCGGGUGAUUUGGCAAUCCUCAAGACCGAAGGAAUCACCCACAUAGCUAAUGUUGCGACAGGCGUUCCGAAUCACUUCCCAACUAAAUUCGUAUAUCUUCAUUUGGAUGUGUUGGACCUGCCGUGGACAGAUAUUGUACAGGAUUUCCCUGCUGUGCACGGAUUCAUGAAGAAGUGCGUCGAUAGUGGAGGAAAGGUACUUGUACAUUGCAAUGCCGGUAUAUCACGAGCGGCGACCUUCGUGAUCUCAUAUCUUAUGGUCUACCAUGGAAUGUCCUUGGAACUUGCCUUGGAGACAGUCAAGAAAGCCAGGCCAAAAGUCAGGCCGAAUAUGGGCUUCAUGAAGCAGCUAAAGUCUUUCGAAGAAUCGCUCUCAACUUGUGGUGCCUAA